CGUUGCUCGCGGUGCCUUUGUCCUUCCAACUCUCCUGCUGGUGAGAGCAGACGCUGCGCGUGGCCGACAUUCCUCCCAACUCCUGCACGACCUGCUGUUGCAGCGAUCGGGCCUCUCCGGACCCUGUAUCCUCUAGGUUCCAGAAGCAGAAGGCAGCUCUGCCGAGGAACGGAGAGGCCGGUCAGCCAUGAAGCAGGUGUUCAAGCUCUACUUGCUGGGGGUGGUGCUCACCCUCUUCUCCAUCUUCUUUGGACUGAUGGAGUCGCUAGAGGGCUUACUGGAAGGCCCAUCGCCUGGGAGCGCCUGGACCAACAGAGGCCAACUAGCCCGAGCAGAGGGCCCCAGAGGCCUUCCGGACCAUCCCUCUCAGCCCAAAGGGCUGCGAUAAGCCCUCCUCCACCCACCGGAACCUCAUAACACUGAAUGAAUCCUUGUCAGCUGCCCGGGUGCCUCGGCAGGCAGACUCUGAGCAGCAGGGCUCUCUGAGAACUAUGUGACUAUCCCUUGAAGGGGCUUUUCCUCUGAGUGCUGCCGGCCCCAGGAGAAGAGCCUUGUUUAGGCCCCAGUGGCUGUGGAGCAGCAGGCUCAGCCUUCAGGAUCUGCUGUGUGGUCUGUAGUUCCCAACAGGGUGCUUCCAGCUCCUCCCAGAGGGCAGCUGAUGCUGCGGCUUCAGCUGUUGGGGAGUGGUGCUGUCUCCCCAGCUCCACACACGUCUUCCAGGCGCUGUUCUGGUUGGGAUUUGGGGUCAUUUGAUUUGGUGUUGGGCUUCUCUGCCAAGAGAUCACAGCCACAGGGGUGGGCUGUGAAGAGGAGGAGGAGGAGGAUGAAACAGUGUCAUGCUUUACAUUUGUAAGUCCUUCAUCCCACAUGUGUUCUAUGUGUGUGUUGGUCUGAAAAGGGCACGGGGUGUUGUGAAACCUGCUCAGGACACAGGCGCGAUGGCCACCAUGUGGCUGAGAUGACUUUUCCCAAUGUAAUAAAAGUUGAGUAUGUUUUCGCUCCGUG